CCCACAGUUCCUCGCAAAGCAUUACGCAUGCUCAAAGCAGUUGGGACAGCGUAAAGUGGAAAGUAGCGGCCGAUUUCUCGUAGUUAGUCGAUGGUGGUGCCGUGUGUCGGCGCAGCCACGGACUUUUUUUUUGUUCAGUUCGCGCGUUUCGUCAGUCGUCUAUAAAUCUGCUUAGUGUCGAUUGGAUUAUGGAGAAUGAGGUCGGUCAUUUAAUACUAAACACUAUCGACCAGUUAAGAAAGAGAAAAGCUCGUCCAGAUCUCGAUAGGAUAUGUCACAUGUUACAACGGAAUUACGGUUUAAAUUCAUCAAUCGUCCAAACCGAACUGGAUAAGUUGAUUGUUGAAGAUCGCGUAAUCAAAGUUGACUAUAAAGGAAAUACCAGUUAUCGAAACGCAGCCAAGUGGUCGAAGGCGAGACAUAGGGAAUAUAUCCAAUCCAUGACAAUGGAAAUUAAGAAAGAACCGGACUUUAAACCAAUCAAAAAAGGUCCUGGAAGACCUAGAAAAUAUCCUUUGCCCGAAGGAGCCGAAAGACCACCGGAAAAACGCGGAAGACCUGCCAGAAAAAAGAAAGUAAGUAUAAAGUUAUAUAUAUACAUUAUAAUUUUUAAAGGCGUGACGUAUAUUUUCAGAUAUGCGUUUUUCUCUGUAAAAAAAUUCCAUAAAUUAAUUUCCCUCGCUCGAAAAAUUUUACAUAUUUCAACUAUACAAGAAGAUGUAUGUGUCUUUUGUGCACAUCCAUCUCAGAAUAAGAAUGGAAUAGUAGAAUCACUACUUUGUUGUAAAGAUUGUAAAGUUAAAGCCCAUCCAAGUUGUAUGGAUUAUACUCCAGAACUUGCCGCAAGAUCAAGAAUGGGACCUUGGCAAUGUAUAUAUUGUAAAAGUUGUGCAGUUUGUAAUGGUUCUGGAAAUGGAGAAACUAUGUUGAUUUGUGAUUCUUGUGACAGAGGUUAUCAUAUGGGCUGUCACACACCGGUUGUCAUGGAGAAACCAAUAGGGGUAUGGAUGUGCAAUGUAUGUAAUGAAAAUAAAAAUAAGGAUAUUGGUAUGCAUAAACUUGUCAUAAAAAAGGAGGUCAAUUCAACAAAUCAUAAUAACAUAGAUACAUCAGGACUUCCAACUCCUUGUGAUUCACCUGUUCCAGAUGAUAUUUGCCAAGACUGGAAUGGAAAUAUUGAUAGUACAACAAAUAAACAAUAUCCUCAUAUUGUCCCAGAUCCAAAGGAUUGGUCAAUAGAUGAUGUUGAAAAGUUCUUUCUUUCAAUUGGUUUUGUUGAUCAAGCACCUGCUUUUAAAGAGCAAGAAAUUGAUGGAAAGUCAUUACUUUUAUUGAAACGUAGUGAUGUCCUUACAGGACUUUCAAUUAAAUUGGGACCAGCUUUAAAGAUAUAUAAUCAUGUAAAGAGGCUACAAACAGGAUUAUCUGAUGAAAAUAUUAAUUUGUAAAAAUAUUAAAUAUUAGGAUUCUAAUUUUUUUAUUUUUAAUAAAAAUUUUAACCUAACAUGCCUACCACUAUAAUUGAAAUACCAGCUAUUCAUUAUAUACAAGUGGUAAUCAUGUUCUAUAGAUAAUGUUUUUAAACUAUAAACAAAUAAAAGCAGAUGAUGAUUUUGUAUAAAAUCAUUUAGUAGAAUUAUUUGUAUAUAUAUAUAUAUGUAAAAAUUUUGUUAUUUUGCUUUAAAUUGAAUUUUUCUAAUAAUGAACAAAGUAACAAAGCUCUUUAGCUAAUCUGAACACAUACUAGUAUGUUUUUUCUCACUUUUGAAAUAUAAAUAAAAGCAAUAUAGUCAUAUGUGAUAUCUGGUUUUUUGAAAAUUUGCCAAUAAGCUACAUUUCUAAUGAAAUGUACUUAUUUACUCUAUUAUUUAAAUUGCAAUUUUUAUACAGAAUAUAUUACAUUGUUACAAAAUACCAUAAAAAGGGUUGUAUACUUAUUCAAAUCAUAGUGCCAUUGACAGUGAAGUAUACGAUUGAUAAGGAAUGGUCAGAAAAUUUUUUGUAAAUAUGUUUUAUUAUAGAUUUUGUUUUAUUCUCACAUAUAUUUCAUACUUAAUAAGAAUCUUUUCAUACAUUUAUGUUAAUAAUUGGAGCCAGAUUUAAUGCUUUGAAAUUUUUGGUUACUUUUAUAAGAAUUACACAGAAAUAUGUUUUAUUUACUAUGUAUAGACUGCUUUAUUUUAUUUAAAAUUUUUAUAAUUACUUACUAAUAUUUUUUUUCAAUAAUUUUGAUCUUUCAACUUGUAUUUUUUUAUAUACAGAAUUAUUUAUUUAGUAUAUAAUUAUAUGUAUAUUAUAAUUUUCAUUCUAAAAUCUGGCUCUAGUUAAUUUUACUAGUCAUUCUAUGAAAUCUUAAAUUCUGUUUGUUUUGUUUGUCAAUUGCAAAACGAUUAAGUUCAAUGUUAUGUCAAGUAUGUCUUUCCCAGAAUAAGAAUGGAGCCGAUGUUCAUUAGUCUACAUAAGCGAAGGAAAACAAUUCCGGGUUAAUUAUAUUCAGCAUAUCUUAUCAUUUUUAUACGAUUUUUUUAAGAAAUUAUAAAUUGUAAAAAAUUAAAUUUUCGAAGUUUUUAUUCUGUAAGUUGCUGAGCUAUGGCGGCAGAAUGAUACAAAAUUUAAAAUCUAGCACAUCGGUUUUUCUUAUUCGGGGAAAUACUAUAACUUAUAAAAUAGAUCAAUAAUAACUUAAUUGAAAUUUUGAAAAAUGUUUUUUCUAUAAUAAUAAUUGAUAUAUUUUGUAAUAUUUUUUAGAACGUAAAUUAAUUACUGAUAAAUACCAUAUCAUGAUGAAGUUCCAUAUUUAAAAUUAUUGUUUAGAAAUGAUUUAAAUUGCUAAAGAUUGUUAAUUAGAAAGAAUUCAAAGUUUCUUGGCUAGUUUGAAUUUAGAAUGCUGUCAUAAAUUCAACAAUACUGAUUAAAAUGUUUUCUGUUUGCAUUUUAAAUCGUUGGAAAUGAUUAAAAUUUUAAGAGAGACUGUAAAAAAAAAAAAAA